AGCAACAAAACAUCCGGCCCCUCGGCUCAGAGCUCUCCAGAAUGUUCCUCGCUGUGGAGCCGCUAUAAGAACCAGCCAUCUUCCUUCUGUGCGGUCGGAAACUCGAGCAGCGCUAGCGUAGUAAGGACACCUGUUUGUCACCAUGGUUCACGAAACCGGCUUCUACGACCUCUUGGGCGUCAGUCCCACCUCCUCACCGGAUGAAAUCAAGAAAGCCUACAGAAAACUCGCCUUAAAAUAUCACCCUGACAAGAACCCCAGUGAAGGAGAGAGGUUCAAGCUUAUAUCUCAAGCAUAUGAGGUGCUAUCAGAUCCACAAAAGAGAGACUUGUAUGAUCAAGGAGGUGAGCAAGCAAUCAAAGAAGGAGGCAUGAGUGGAGGAUCUGCUACGGACAUUUUCAACAUGUUUUUUGGAGGUGGCGGAAGAAUGCAGAGGGAGAGAAGAGGAAAGAAUGUCGUCCACCAACUUGCUGUUACAUUGGAAGAAAUUUAUUCAGGCACCACAAGGAAGCUUGGACUUCAGAAGAAUGUCAUUUGUGAGAAAUGUGAAGGGUAUGGUGGUAAAAAAGGUGCCUUAGAGAAGUGCUCAAGCUGCAAAGGAAAAGGAGUACAAAUAAAGGUGCAACAGAUUGGGCCAGGAAUGAUUCAGCAGACCCAAAGCAUGUGUUCAGACUGCCAGGGACAGGGCGAGAAGUUUAACUCAAAGGACCGCUGCAAAGUCUGCAAUGGACACAAAGUGGAACGCAAGAAGAAAGUUCUGGAAGUUCACAUUGACAAAGGUAUGAAAGAUGGUCAAAAAAUCACAUUCCAUGGAGAAGGUGACCAGGAACCAGGAUUGGAGCCCGGAGAUGUAAUCAUUGUGCUGGACCAGAAAGAGCACGCUGUUUUCCAGAGACAAGAGGAUAAUUUGGUAAUGAAGAUGAAGAUCAAACUCGCUGAGGCUCUGUGUGGUUUCAAGAAGACUGUUUUAACAUUAGACGACAGAGCGCUCAUCAUCAACUCAUCACCAGGUGAAGUAAUCAAGCAUGGUGACAUCAAAUGUGUUCAGAGUGAGGGCAUGCCGGUUUACAAGGAGCCUUAUGAAAAGGGACAGCUGAUCAUCAAGUUCCAGGUGGAAUUCCCAGAGAAACAUUGGCUCCCAGAACAUCUCAUGUUCCAGCUGGAAAGACUGCUCCCUCCUAGGGAUGAUGUGAUGAUCACUGAUGACAUGGAGGAGGUAGAACUCAUUGAGGUGGAUGAGCAGUCGCAACAGAAAAGCUACAGCAGGGAAGCUUAUGAGGAGGAUGAAGAAAGUCCCAGAGGCGGAGUGCAAUGUCAGACUCAGUAAUUUUGUAGAGCAUGUUUGGGUUUUUUUGUUGUUGGGGCUGCUAUUGUGUUUGUCUUUGGUGAAGGACCUGCCUUUAAAGUGCAGUUUAUUUCAAGUUUAAAUCCAUUGCCAUUUCAAUUUUUGUGCAACUCUCCUGGGACACAUGCAAGUGAGGUAGUCGUUCCGUAUUUUUAUGUCUUUCCUAUCAAAACUGUGUUUUCUGAUAGUAUUUAUUCACGGUCCACUUUUGUGUAUUUGUCUUUACUCUGUGGCACAAAUAGUCUUUUUAUUCAGAAUGGACUGCUUGUACGCUUUCUGUGAAGGUGACUUCAGUCAUGAAAAACAUUAGUUAUUUCUCAAUAAAAAAUCCCAGAAUGCUUUAAAUUUUA